GUCAAUCAAUGUUAUCAGUUAAAUGUCUAAAUGUUGUGAUUUGGUAACUCCAAGCAAAAUAAAAUAUUUUUUGGUUUCAUAUAUACGGUAAUUGCGAAGAGGUGUGAUAAAGGCUGAAAUAUUAGUAAUAGGCAUAUGUGUUUGUACCAGUAUCAGUAAUGGGCAAUUCAGGCCUAAAACAACAUUAUGAGACGGCGGCUAAGACGGGAGUUUUACAAUUAUCUGAACGGAAGUUAAAGGAACUUCCUUUGGAAGUGUUUAAUUUAUCAGACAAUUUAAGAAACUUAGAUUUAUCGAAGAAUAAAAUUCGUUGUAUCCCAGAUGAAAUUAAUCGCUUAAAACAUCUAAAACAACUGAAUUUGAGUGCCAACUGUAUCACUAACUUACCAGAUUCAUUGUUUAGUGUAAAGAAACUUGAAAUGCUAAAUAUUUCCAGCAAUGCUAUCGCGUCGUUACCACAGCAUAUCGCGAAUUUGAGUAAUCUGAAACAAGUUUAUCUAAACAACAAUAAAUUUAAAGAGUUUCCAGUGCAAUUGCUGGGCUUAAACAACUUGGAAGUGGUUGAUCUUUCUAAUAAUAAAAUAACUGGUAUUCCUGAGGGGAUGACUAAUUUCUAUGCUGCUGAGUUAAAUUUAAGUCAAAAUGAGAUUUCAAGUCUAAGUGAGGAUUUGCACCUAGCUCCGAAACUUAAAAUAUUGAGAUUAGAAGAGAAUUGUUUAAGUCUAGAUGCUAUAAGACCUAGUCUGUUGAGAGAUUCCAAAAUUCAUACAAUCAAUUUGGAUGGUAAUCUAUUUGAAACAAAACAAUUGGCAUUACUUGAAGGAUAUAAUGAAUAUAUAGAAAGAUAUACUGCAAUGAAAAAGAAAAUGUUUUGAGUGAUAUUAACCGCACAAUAUUUCAAUUUAUGGAUACUGCAUAACAUUUGAAUACAAGAACACAACUAUUUAUCACAAC